GGGAAAGCCGCUCAGAAGGAGUUUGUGACUGUACCUGAGCGCACGACAUCAUCAUGAAGCGGCCUUGUGAAGACACCACGUCUGACAGUGAUAUGGAUGAAACUAUUGAUGUGGGCAGCGAGAAUAACUACUCUGGUCAAAGCAGUGGUUCAUUAAUAAGAUGCGGCUCACCUACCACAACAUCCCAAGUUAUGGCCAGAAAGAAGCGGAGAGGGAUCAUUGAGAAGAGACGCAGAGAUCGAAUAAAUAAUAGUUUAUCGGAGCUGCGUCGCCUGGUCCCAACAGCAUUUGAGAAGCAGGGAUCUGCUAAAUUAGAGAAAGCAGAAAUAUUGCAGAUGACAGUUGAUCAUUUGAAGAUGCUCCAGGCCACAGGAGGGAAAGGAUAUUUUGAUGCCCAUUCUCUGGCAAUGGACUUCAUGAGCAUUGGCUUUAGGGAAUGUUUAACUGAAGUGGCCAGAUAUUUGAGCUCAGUGGAAGGUCUGGACUCCAGCGACCCCCUCCGCAUCCGUCUGGUUUCUCACCUCAGCAGUUGCGCCUCUCAGAGGGAUACGGCCGCCAUGACCACAUCCAUGGCCCAUCAGCAGCAGGCCCUGUACCCGCACCAAUGGGCAUUGCAUCCCAUUCCCGCGGCGUUCCUGCAACAGAGCAGACUUCCGUCCUCAGAGACCUCCUCAAGCAGGCUGUCUGAGGUCCCACAGAGGGGUGCAGCCCUGCUGACCCCGUCCUUUGCCCACAAUGACAUUGCACUAAGAGCGCCAUCUACAGGCAGCGUCGCUCCAUGCGUACCGCCACUUUCCUCCUCGCUCCUUUCAUUGUCAGCUACCGUUCACGCGGCAGCAGCAGCGGCACAAACCUUCCCUCUAUCAUUUCCUGGAGGAUUCCCGCUCUUCAGUCCAAGCUUAACAGUGUCAACGGUGGCUUCUUCGGCUGUAAGCCCUUCUGUUUCCACAUCCCAACAGAGCAGCGGAAGUGGUGGGAGCAGCAGUAAACCAUACCGACCAUGGGGAACUGAAGUGGGAGCGUUUUAAGUGUUGGAUUUGCUCAUAGCUCUUGUUGCAGCUGGAAAUCUUCCAUUCUUUGUACAUAAAAGAAGUUUGGUCACCACCAUGGGGCUUUUUGUGACCAGUUUUACACACUCCUGCACAUAAGCAACAUAAAAAUGAGAAAACUCUCUGGAAGCAAAAAAAAAAGAUUUUUACUCAUGUGAAAACCUCAAAGGUGAUGUGUGUAAUUUCUUCGAUGUUUAAAUACUUGUGUUCAUGAAAAAUGUAAACACUAGUUCUGUGUCGCUUUUAACCCUGAUUGGUUUGUUUGAAUAUUCCGACUAGCCUGACAUUGCAACAUUGGUUCAACCAAUGCCGUGAUUUUGAGUCAGUUUCACUGACAAAUAGAAGUUGGGGAAGUGUUCGGGAAACUGUUCGAAAACAAUUAUUAUUUUUGCAUUUCAGUUUAGAGACACUAGUGAAAUUACACACUUCACUUUUAAGGAUGAAGAGCAAUGCCAUUUUUAAAGAAAAAAUCCACAUCAAUCUCUUUAUUCUCUCACUCAUCUACUUUGUUCUUGCAGGGAAGUUUGGCUUUUUUGCUUUAAGGAAUAUUCCAGGUUCAAUACAAGUUAAGCUCAAUCGACAGCAUUUUUUGCAUAAUGUUAAUUAUCACAAAAAUGCAUUUCGACUUUCAAAAAAAUUUAUAAAUAUAUAAAUCCGUGAGGCACUUACAAUGGAAGUGAAUGGGGUCAAUCUGCAAACGUUAGACUACACACUGUUUCAAACAUAUAGCCAUAAGAUGUCAACAAUAUGCAAAUUAACAUGAUUUUAGUGUGAUAAAAUCACUUAUUAACCUUUUCAGUGCAAUGUUAUAUCCAAUUUUUCAAAUUUGUUGCCAUGACUCCGUAAUGGCGUAAACCUGAAAACCCUAAAAUGAUGGUUAAAAACUAUUUGAGCAACUUAACAGCUCAAAUAAUACACAAUAAUUCAUAUAAAUGCUUCUAUAAUUAUAAGCACAUUUCUCCUUGUAGACCCUCCAAAAAUUGCCCUUAUUUUCUACAAUUGUAAGUGCCAUACUAACAUCGAUUUUUUAAUUUUAUUUUAUUUAUUUUGGGUUUUAAGAAAAGUAGGGACAAAAAAUAUUUUUCUGUAUAAACAACAUUAUGCCAAUGUUAAUGCUGUCAGUUGAGCUUAAUUUGUAUUGAAUACAGAAUAUUCCUUUUUUGUUGUUUCAUGUGAAAAGGGCUAUACUGUGUAACAGUGCCUGUGAAAACACUCCUAAAAAAAAUAUGCUACAUUUGAGAUUUAAUGCUUUGAGAUUUUCUUUGAGAAAAAGUGUACUGUCUGAUUUUCACAAACACUUGCACACAUGUAAUAGUUUUUGAGUAAAACAGAAAACUUUUUCGAAGACAAACCAAAGGUUUUGCAGAUAAUCACUAAAGUAAGGCGUGAAUCAGUAUUGUUAUGAUUUAACAAUUCAGUAUGUAAAUCUGUAUAUGUGUAAGAUUCAAACUAGAGAUUAUAUUGAAAAUAGAUGAGUAAGUUGGUAUGAUGCACUUCAGUCACUACUGUUUUUGGGGAGACAGGAUCUUCUCCAUGUUUCACAACAGACCCUGUUAUUUUUUUAAAUAACAUUUACUAAUACUCAUAUCUGAGAUUCUCAGUUGAAUAAUACUACUGUGACUUUGUUACCUUUUUAAUAAACAUGCCACAUUCUUUAAGAUGUAACCAUUUACUAUGCAAAAAAAAAGAAAAGAAAAAAAAGCAGCUGUCCUAAAGAAAUUGAAAGAGUUUUGUUUUUCAUUCUAACACAUAUGCCAUAAAACCAUCAUUCUGUUUGCCUUCACCACAAAAGAUCCUGGAAUGUUAUGAGAGAAAGUAAUUGUUUUCCCAUUGCAUCAUUUAAGUUCUUGGAAUUGUAUGUUUGAAAAAGUUCUUUUAUGUGUUUUUCUAAUAAUGCAAAAGAAACCAUGAAACAAACAACUGCAGUUAUACAUGCCACUUCAACACUAAUAAAUCUGUCAACAAACUUUCAAGUUUGAUUAAGCAAUAAACUGAUUUAACGAAGAAAACACAUACA